AUGCAAAGGCGCUUCCUUUCAUCGGUCUCCGCUUCCGCCGGCGGUACUAAAACCCUAAACCCUCGAAGAUGGAGUGUGAAGCAGGUGAAAAAAACCAACUUCAAAUCCACCCUCGAUGACAUUCGCACUUCAAUCGAUUCAUCGGACUUCAUAGCUCUCUCGCUACAAAACACCGGCUCCUACGCCGCCGCGUGGCACCGUGUCUCCGCCAUCGACACGCCGCAAACAAGCUACUUGAAGGCUAAAUACGCCGCCGAACGCUACCAGAUCUUCCAAUUCGCUCUCUGCCCCUUCUCCCUCCGCGGCUCCAAACUCACCGUUCACCCAUAUAACUUCCACUUGUUUCCUCGAGACGAAUUGAAGUUAGGGAUGCCUUCUUAUAGCUUCUCUUGUCAAGCUUCUCGUUUAACAGCCAUGGCUAGAGAAGGAUUUGAUUUCAACACCUGCAUCUAUGAAGGAAUCUCAUACUUAUCAAGAACACAAGAGUCUGCUUCAAAGUUUCUCUCAGGGAAUCCGAUUUUAGCUGACCCCAUCGUCGAUGUACCUUCUUCUCCAUCCACCGUAGCUGACACAGUCUUCGUGGGAAGGAUCAGGUCACGCGUCAAGAACUGGAGACAAUCUUGCUUAGACUCGAGCUCAAAGACAGGAGGAGAUGAUGAUUUGGUGAGUUCUCUGAGGAAAUUGGUGUUGGGGAGUGAACAGUAUGGUUCGAGGCUAUGCUUGACUAUUGAUGUUUGCAGUGAGCGUCAAGCACAGCUUAUUGUAGAGAUGUUGACUGAGUUCUCUGACGAUGUUGUUCCUCUACUCGUUGCUUCAAAGAGCAGAGGAACACAAGCGGUUCGUGCUGUCUUCAUGAGUUCGAAAGAGGAUAAGGAUCUUUUUAAGAGAGAGCUUCGAGAUCUUGAAACCGAAGAAAACAGGCGAGUUCGUGGCUUCCGAGAAGUAGUUGAUUUGAUUUCUUCUUCACAGAAACCUCUCGUUUCACAGAAUUAUCUUAGCGAUUUUACUUCCAUUCAUGCUAAAUUCUUGGGUCCUCUACCUUCAGAUGUGGAUGAAUUCAGCAGCUCACUGAGCUCAGCUUUUCCUAAUGUUGUGGAUCUCAGUCAGUUCAUGAAAGAGAUUAGUCCUUUGAGUAAUAUAAGUAAUCUUCCUGCAGCUAUGUCCUCCUUGAAUCGGUUCUUUGCUCCUGUAGACGUGGAAGUGGCAAAUCAAGGAUGUCCGGUGAAACUAGACGAGGGACAUCAGAUGCAUGGACAAAACGCUGUGAUGAUAUCUCAGCUUUUUGCCAAACUAUGCACCAUAAAGAAAUCAGAUCAGUCCUCUGUUCAAUCAAAUGAAGAUUUACAAGCUUUGGUUUCUGAUGAAGAUGUUAAAGUCUGGUCAAAGAACAGCAGAAGAGUAAGCUCUGAGAACUUGGUGUUCGUGUGGGGAUUGGGGAAGAAGAUGACAGCUGCAAUGCUAAAGAAUGCUCUACAAAAGUCGCACGCGGUUUUUGCUAAAGAUUUUGAUGUGAAGUACUUAGACAGGAGCUGUGCAGUUGUGGUGUUUUGGGAGUCCGGUUCAUCGGAGACUUUCCUCGGUGCGGUUAACGAUGAAGAGAAACUCGGUGGUGGUGGUUCUUUAAGAGAGAUGGUUGCAGAAGGGCUAAGAGCGGCAGGUUAUGAGAGUUACAAGAGAGCGUGUAGGUUAGGUUUCUGGGAGGCUGACUUGGCGGAGUCUUUAGAGAAGACAUUGGAAUCUUCUGAUAGAGAUCUUGAUUUAGACACCAAACCAUCAGAGAUUGAUUGGUCAAGCGAGUUAGCUAUCAACUUUGAUGAGCUAUGA